UCUCCCAUGACCAACAUGACGUUGGCAAGUUCGACCACGUCAGCGUCUGCUUUUGCCCCUUGGAACAAUCCUAGUUUAGGGAAUCCCAGUGGAAGUCCCUUUCGACCGCCUCAAAAUCCUCUAUAUGGCAUGCCUACAUCUUUGAUGGUAGGGUUGCAAAAUUCUCAACCAAACAUAGAGAAUCUUAAUAUGGCCUCUCCAUCAGGAUCUGUAGCGGGCAAUCAAGGUAGGGUAAUUCCGCAACAUUUAACUAAUACAUCCGUUUUGUCACUCAGACAACAAAUGGAUGAAAGUAACCAUGAUAUGGUUAACAUGUUAACACAACAAAUAGGAACUGUUAUUAACCCUUUAAUUCAAAAUACAAAUGACAGUUACCAAACGUUAACAAAUCAAAUAAGUCGAAUUGCUGACUUUUUUGGGGCACCACCCAUACAGCAACCACCGAUUCGACAGAUCCAAAUACAGGCGCCUGUCCAAGAGAUACAGAUGCCUAAUAACCCCGGGAUGCAAAUGGCUCAAGCACCACAACCAGCGGCACGCAUAGAGCCACCAGUCCAACAGGUCGAACCAAACCCUGGUAUAGUAUUGGUAAAUAGGAACCAAAAUGCUGAUGAAGUAAUAGGGAAUAUUCAACAAAACCGUUUCGAUAUGCAGAAUAACCUAGCCCAAAUGGUCGAAACGAUUUUGGUGCAGAAUGGUUUGAACUUAGGCUUACAUAGGCCUAAUUUUGUGUCUCCAUUAUCUGAGUAUGUGUUACAGACAGAAUUACCAAGGGGUGUGAAAAUCCCUAAGUUUACCAAGUUUGCGGGAGAGACAAAUGAGUCCACUGUCGAACACGUUGCUAGAUAUUUGGUCGAAGCAGGGGAUUUGGCUAAUAAUGAAAAUUUAAGAAUGAAAUUUUUCCCUAGUUCCUUGACUAAAAAUGCUUUUACAUGGUUUACAACCCUUCCUCCUCAUUCCAUACAUAAUUGGAACCAAUUGGAAAGGAUUUUCCAUGAGCAAUUUUAUAUGGGACAGUCUAAGAUCAGCCUUAAAGAGUUAGCCAGCGUUCGACGCAAGGCACUUGAAUCAAUUGAUGAUUAUUUGAACAGAUUCAGACUCUUAAAGGCAAGGUGUUUCACCCAAGUCCCUGAACAUGAAUUAGUCGAAAUGGCUGCUGGUGGCCUAGACUAUUCGAUUAGAAAGAAAUUAGAUACCCAGUAUUUAAGGGAUAUGGCUCAAUUGGCUGAUAGAGUUCGACAACUCGAACGGUUGAAGGCCGAAAAGGCUAGAAAUUCUAAAUUCCACAAGAAGGAAAAGGUUGCAUAUGUCGAAACCAAUGACAGUGACCAGGAGUUCGAUAUUAUUUAUGAAGAUAUCGAAGACAGUGAGGUUGAUUUAGCAGAAUUAAAACCUGGACCUCCUUAUGUUUGUAAACUCCUUAGACCUUCCAAUGGAAAAAACCCUGUUGAACCUAAAAAUGAUAAAUUUGUGUCUAAAACUUAUACAUUUGACAUAACUAAAUGUGAUGAAAUAUUUGAUUUAUUAGUCACAGAUGGCCAGAUUGUUGUUCCUAAGGGCUUGAAAGUACCCCCAAUCGAACAACAGAAAAAAAGGGGUUAUUGUAAAUUUCAUAAUUUCCUUGGCCAUAAAACCUCACGUUGUGUUCUUUUCAGGGAUUUGGUUCAAAAGGCUCUUGACGAAGGAAGGCUAAAAUUUGGUGAGAAACCAAAGGUUGUUCAGGCAAAUGCUGAAACAUCCAAAGCUGCCGAAACUCUCUAUGCGGAGCCCCAAGAAAUAAUGAUGGUCGAAACAAUGGAGGUGUCCCAUGUGCAAGUUCAGGAUGUAUCUGAAGAGGAUUACAACGAACAGAUGAAGGUUGUUUAUCCUCAGGCUGAGGAGGAGUUAAUUGAUUUCUUGAACAGAUGCAAACUCGAAAAUAAGAUUGUGAUGCUCUGCCCUCGCUGCAGUGCAGUAUGUGAUAAGGAGGCUACUGAGGGCCUCAAGAAAUACCAAGUUGUUAACAAGGGGGCAAGGCAGAACCAACGUUUCGAUAAAGGCAAAAGAGUUAUGGUGCAGUCGAAUACUAAUCAGAAGUCAGGUCGAAGGAAUACUUUCGCUCCUCCUGGUUCAGUGCCGGUCGAAAAAUGGAUGCACCAGGGACUCAUAAGGUUCAACAAAGGGAUUAUGGAAGUAGGUGGUUCGAGUGGAACGAAGCAAAUUGGCCCACAGGAGGCCAAUAGGUACUCGUAUAGGAACAAUUACAAAGGAAAGAAUCCUAUGACGAGGACCCAAUGGCGUAGGUUCCAGCGUCAGAAGAAAUUGGCCCAGCAGAACCCGCAAAUGGGCCAAUAUAAAGAAGUAUUUAGGAGGCCAGUAAAGGAGAGACUCCUGCCUCCGGUGGAUGAAGAUAAGAUGGAGGAUGAGGAUCUACUGGAUUCUGAGCCAGAUUUCGAUGUCAUCUGUGUGGUAUCUAUCUUGCCAUCUGAAUAUGAUGUCCAAUCUGAAGUUACUGAGAUCGAAAGUGAGUUCGAUCAUUUUGAUAUGGCUGACCCAAAGCCAGUAUGUUACUAUGUUAUGAAUAAUGGCUGUGUGGAAGAGCAAGUAGCUUAUUUCGAAAAGCCAGAUUUUCAGAUGAAAAGUCAUCUCAAACCUCUUUUCAUCAGAGCAAAAGUUGAGAAUGUUGGAAUCAACAAAGUGCUCAUUGAUGGAGGAGCGGCUGUCAACUUAAUGCCUCGAUCUAUGCUCUACAAGAUCGGGAAACAUGACACUGAUCUAUCUGCCCACAACAUUGUGCUUUCGAAUUAUGAGGGUAAAACUGGCUAUUCUUUGGGAGCCAUUCAAGUAGAUGUUGCUGUAGGCAGUAUAGUUCGACCAACUCUUUUCCUGGUGAUACAGUCUAAGGCUAAUUUUAACUUGCUAUUAGGAAGGGAGUGGAUUCAUGGAGUUGGAGCUGUGCCAUCUACCCUUCACCAGAAGCUCAUUAUCUGGAGGGAAGAUGGGAUUGUGGAAAAUAUAGAGGCGGAUCAAAGCUUCUAUAAGUCAGAGGUCGAUAAUGUUACUGCACAAACCUUUGACAAAAAGUUGGCUAACAUAGCGCCUUGUGGUGACAAGGAGGCUGUUGUCGAAUCGAGUGACAAUGUUGUCCACUCUGUCAAACUCCAUCCUACUUAUGGGUUUAUAUGGGAGAGGGAGGAAAUUAAUGAUGUUCCCUCUGAAGAUGGAGUCAUUCCACCAACUGGGUGGAAUAUAUAUGAAGAUUAA